CUCAAAUAUGCAGACAGCGUCCUUUUCAUUAUUAUUCUUCAAUGGAUACAAUUACUACUACAGUUGAUACAUUUUAUAAUACUUUUCCUUCUGCUCCUUGUGAUAUGAUAUAUCCUAUCUUACCAAUGACAGAUCCUUUCCUAACCUAUUCAACUUUCACUUCACCACCACCACCAACGACGACAACGACAACGACCCCACAUCUAUAUAAUAAUAGCUUUAAUCCUGUCUAUACUCAUCAUGACGAACUCUUAAAUUAUAAUUCAAAAAGAAAGACAAUGAAUGAUCAAACAGAUCCUGCUUCUUGGUCUCCUCUAUCAAGUACAUCUUACUCUUCCUCUUCUUCAUUUCCUGAAGAAAAAACAAGAGCGCCUCCUAUAAAAAGACCAAGAAAAUCAAAAGAAUCCAAAUUAUCGACAUCGAAUGGAGAUGAAUCUGAAUCAGCAGAAGAUGAAGAAGAAUUAAGGCAAAAGAGUCUCGAAAGGAAUAGAUUAGCAGCUUAUAAAUGUAGACAGCGUAAGAAGGAAUGGAUUGAAGAAUUGGCACAUAAAGCUGAAAGAAUGACUAAAGAAAAUGAGAAUCUGAAGCAAUUAUUAUUUCAACUUAAAGAAGAAGCAGUUUAUAUCAAAUCCCAGUUAAUUAUGCACAAAGAGAAUGACUAUGAUUCGUGCAAAAAUAAAGCCUUUUUAAAUGUUUAUUAAGAGGAUGUCUCUUCUUUAAUAAUGAAAUGUAUUAUAAUAUUUCUCAGCUACUGAUUU